GCUACGAGGGCCGAGAAGGAACAGAAUAGUGGCGCAGCGGUUGGUAAUGGCUGAGAAGCUGGCGGACGUGAGCUGGAAGGUGCUGGAGCUCAGGGCUCGGUCCAGGCGCUCAGCCGCUAACACCUUAAUUUCACUGUGAUUGCCCCUAACCACUACUAACCAGUUGCCAUCGUGGGUUGAGACGUCUGUGGUUGGUCCCAACGCAGUCGAGUAAAAUGGCGCAGCUGGUCGACAGGACUGUACCCAUGUCGCCCACGUUCUUGCGAUUAGGCUCCGUUUACGAAGCCCUAAAAAGCAGCGACCUUCCCCGGCCAGACAAUGAGACCCUGUGGGACAAACUGGACCGGUUCUACAGAAUUGUGAAAAUCACAGUUCUGAAUUUUCAGAGUCCGACCACUGGCUUGUUUCCCACUGAGACUGUCGGCGACUGUAAGAAGGCCAAGAUCCAUGACAGUCUGUACUGUGCCGCCAGCUCCUGGGCCUUGGCCCUUGCCUACAGGCGCGUAGCUGAUGAUAAAGGACGGACACAUGAGCUGGAGCACUCCGCCAUCAAAUGCAUGAGAGGAAUUCUGUACUGCUACAUGCGGCAGGCAGAUAAGGUUGAGCAGUUUAAGCAGGACCCCAGCCCACAGAAAUGUCUCCAUUCCAUCUUCCACUUGGACACGGGGGACGAGAUCUUGUCCUACGAGAAUUAUGGCCACAUCCAGAUAAAUGCAGUGUCCCUCUUCCUCCUGUACCUGGUGGAGAUGAUAUCAUCCGGCCUGCAGAUCAUUUACAACACAGACGAGGUGUCCUUCAUCCAGAACCUGGUAUUCUGCGUGGAGCGAGCCUACCGGGUCCCAGACUUUGGGAUCUGGGAGAGAGGCAGCAAAUACAACAACGGCAGCACAGAAUUACAUUCAAGCUCGGUCGGAUUGGCUAAAGCCGCUCUAGAAGCCAUCGAUGGAUUCAACCUCUUUGGAAAUCAGGGCUGCUCCUGGUCCGUCAUAUUUGUGGAUCUGGACGCGCAUAACCGGAACAGACAGACGCUGUGCUCCCUGCUGCCCAGAGAGUCGCGCUCUCAUAACACGGACGCCGCCCUCCUCACCUGCAUCAGUUACCCAGCGUUCGCUGUGGACGAUGACGCCUUAUUUCAUCAGGCCAUGGACAAGAUUGUUCGCAAGCUGAAAGGAAAAUAUGGAUUUAAGCGUUUUCUUAGGGACGGUUACCGGACAUCCCUGGAAGAUGAAAACCGUCGCUACUACAAGCCCGCUGAGAUCAAGCUGUUUGAUGGCAUUGAGUGCGAAUUUCCGGUGUUCUUCGUCUACAUGAUCAUCGAUGGAGUCUUCAGAGGAAACGCAAAACAAGUGAAGGAGUUUGAAUCUCUCCUGGAGCCGCUGCUUUUCGUUGCAUUUGACGGGUGCCCCAUCAUCCCGGAGUAUUUCCACGUCCCCGCGGACUUUGUGGAAGGUGAGAAGCUGAACCCCAAUAGUCAGAAGAGGUUUCCCAGUAACUGCGGACGGGACGGCAAGCUCUUCCUCUGGGGACAGGCGCUGCUGAUCAUCUCCAAGCUCCUGGUGGAGGAAUUAAUCAGCCCUAAAGACAUUGACCCCUUGCAUCGCUACGUCCAUCGAAGCGACCAGAGGAACAUCAGCAUGAGGUACUCCAACCAGGGGCCCCUGGACAAUGACACAAUGAUACACGUGGCGCUAAUAGCAGAGAGCCAGCGGUUACAGGUGUUUUUGAACACUUACGGUAUUCAGACUCAGACCCCACAACAGGUGGAGCCCAUUCAGAUUUGGCCGCAGCAGGAGCUGGUGAAGGCCUAUCUUCAGCUCGGGGUCCAUGAGAAGUUGGGUUUGUCAGGAAGACCAGACAGACCCAUCGGGUGCCUCGGGACAUCGAAGAUUUAUCGUAUCCUGGGGAAGACGGUCGUCUGUUACCCCAUCGUGUUUGACCUGAGCGACUUCUACAUGUCCCAGGACGUCAUGCUGCUCAUUGAUGACAUUCAGAACGCGCUGCAGUUCAUCCGGCAGUACUGGAAGAUGAAGGGGCGCCCCCUGUUCCUGGUGCUGAUUCGAGAGGACAACAUCCGGGGGAGCCGGUUUAACCCCAUCCUUGACAUGCUCGCCUCCUUUAAGAAUGGAAACGUGGCAGGUGUCAACGUUCACGUGGACAGACUGCAGACUCUUAUAUCUGGAGCAAUGGUCGAGCAGCUGGACUUCUUAAGGAUCAGUGAGUCAGACAUAAUUCCAGAGUUCCACAGCUUCGAGGAGCUUGAAGUCCCCAAACACUCAAAGGUCAACAGACAGUCCAGUAUCCCGGUCGCCGACCAGGAGAAACAGCCUGAGAUCAUUGUGGCGGACUGGAGACACCGCCCCACCUACGAGAUCCUGCAGAAGCUGAGUGACUGCACCUGCCUCGCCUCUCAGGCUAUCCUGCUCAGCAUCCUGAUGAAGAGGGAAGGGCCACAUUUCAUCACAAAGGAUGGUACAGUGUCUGACUUCAUGGAGCGGAUCUAUAGGAAGGCGGGCAGCAACAAACUCUGGUCUGUUGUGCGCCUCGCUGCCAGUCUUUUAGGUAAAAUAGUGGACAGCCUCGCCCCGUCUAUAACUAAUGCAUUAGUUCAGGGCAAGCAGGUCACUCUUGGUGUUUUUGGCCACGAGGAAGCCGUCAUCUCCAACCCGCUGUCACCCGGGGUGAUAAAGGAUAUCAUCUACAGCAAGUGCAUCCCGUACGAUGAGCGGGAGGCCGUCCUGCAGCAAGAACUGGUCAUCCACAUCGGCUGGAUCAUCUCCAACACUCCGCAGCUCUUCAGCGGCAUGUUAAAGAUGCGUGUCGGAUGGAUAAUUCACGCCAUGAGAUACGAACUUAAGAUCCGCAGCGGGGAGCGGGAGGAGCAGGACAUCUACCAGCUGUCACCCAGCGAGAUUAAGCAGCUUCUCCUCUGUAUUCUGCAGCCGCAGCAGUCCGGGAGGUGCUGGCUGAACCGCAGACAGAUAGACGGCUCUCUCAACAGAAAUCCGGCUGGGUUCUAUGACAGGGCGUGGCAAAUCCUGGAGCGGACGCCCUGCGGUAUCAUGGUGGCCGGAAAGUUCCUCCCUCAGCAACCCACCCUGUCCGACAUGACGAUGUACGAGAUGAACUUCUCCCUUCUGGUGGAGGACAUGCUGCAGAACAUCUCGCAGCCUGAGUACCGGCAGAUCAUUGUGGAGCUGCUGGUGAUCGUCUCCGUGAUCCUGGAGAGAAACCCGGAGUUUGAAUUUCAAGAGAAAGUUGAUUUGGACAAACUGGUGAAAGAGGCAUUUAAUGAUUUCCAGCGAGACCAGAGUCAAACGCAGGGAGCAGAGAAGAAGGAUGACAUGUCCGCCUUCUACAACACGCCCCCACUGGGCAGGAGAGGGACCUGCAGCUACCUUACUAAAUCAGUCAUGAACCUCCUGCUCGAAGCUGAAGUCAGGCCGAGCACCGACGACCCGUGCAGCAUCAGCUAAAGAGUGUCAGCGGCGAGCGUGGCCCCUGCGCUCAUACCUGACUCGUCGCGCCCUGUGCCAGCGCAGCAGGAUUCUUACGCUAAGCUUGGCUUCUGUCAUGCUCUAAUGCCCAGGAUAGUUCCAGUUGCCUUUGCAAAGCAUAGCAUAGCGGCAGACAUCGCAGGAUCUGCUCAGAGAGUGUAAAUUAAUGAAAAGUUGUGCAACUUUCUUAUAGACUUGGUGAUUCACUUCCUCUGCUUGUUGACGAUGAGUUGAAAGAGAACCAGUAUAUGCCUAAUCUUCUCACAGCUGAGGGUUUGUUUUCUGUCUAGACAAUCCCCUGCAAGCAAAAAAAAAAGUCUGGAUUCCAGAUUGAUAUCAGGUGCAAGGCUUGUAUGUGUAUCUCACAGAUUGGGGGGGGGUCUA